UCGUAGCAUUCAGUCAGCUGUUUGUCGUCUGUCGGUGUAUUUGUGUGUUUGGUUGCAUUGUGUAUUAUGUGUCGAAAGCUGGGGUUCUAGAGGAGGUAGAACGGCCGGAAGGUGUUUGGACAUACACAAUGAGUAUAAAUGACUUGACGAAUGCUGUCCAGCUCUCAUCCACAAGCUACACAGAUGGGUAUAAACAGAGGUCAGACGGUAAUCCAGCAGAAGUAGCAAGAGAGCAAAUGAACCCUCUACUCAACCACAUAAGUGAAAGAAAUGAGCUGUCUACAACUAGUAACAAGUCUGUGAUAGGAACUGGAAAAAAUGAGAAUACCAUUUUAACCGAACAAGCAGAUUCAUCACCAGAUUACAAGAGAUCCUCUGUUGUAAAAAGGAUAGCGGAGAACUUGGCACCUGCAAACUUAUGUCCACAGUUCAACCUUCCCUUACGAAUAGCAACAGUUAUUCUUAUGCUGCUGCUCUUGUGGGGUGUAAUGUUCACAAUAUUCCAGGAUGCUGUACUCCCUCAGAGCAAAAUAUUUGAGCUUACCACAGUUGUCAUACUAGCAUAUAUUGCUGGUUGGCUUGUUUCCUUGAUUCGUCUCCCGCCACUACUUGGUAUGCUUGUGACAGGCAUCCUACUGCGUAACAUUGGCUCUUUCCAUAUGGUGGGCAGUUAUGCAACUGCUGUGUCCACUCUAAGAUUGGUAGCAAUGGUUGUCAUCCUCAUCAAAGCUGGUCUUGGCCUGGAUUCUGCUGCCCUAAGGAGGUUAAGUUUUGUUGUUACAAAGUUAGCAUUCAUCCCAUGUCUGGUGGAAGCUGCAACAGAUGCUGUAGUUGCUCACCUGGUGCUGGGGUUUCCUUGGCUAUGGGGCACACUACUUGGUUUUGUGCUGGGAGCAGUGUCCCCUGCUGUUGUAGUACCCUCAUUGCUUGGGCUUCAAGAGAAGGGUUAUGGUGAAGACAAAGGAAUUUCAACCCUAGUUAUAGCUGCAUCAAGCAUUGAUGAUAUUGCAGCCAUCUCAGGCUUUGGAGUAGUUCUUGGGCUCAUUUUCUCUAAAGGUGGUGACUUGAUGCAGCAGUUGGUACAUGGCCCAAUAGAGGUGGCCAUUGGGCUGAGUUUCGGAGUAGGAUGGGGAAUUCUGUUGAUGUUCUUUCCUCAUAAAGAUGAUUUGUGGGUGGUUGGGGAGCGAACCUUCCUGAUAGGAGGGGGUGGUCUGUUUGCUGUCCUGGGUAGCAGUCUCGUUGGUUACUCUGGAGCUGGUCCUCUUGGCUGCAUCAUAGCUGCCUUUGUAGCUUGCUCUGGCUGGAAGCUACAAGGCUGGAGUAGCAAUUUUAAUCCUGUAGCAGACAUAUACGGUGACAUCUGGAAGGUGUUCCAGCCAGUUCUAUUUGGACUUAUUGGCACAGAAAUAGAUCUUUCACAGCUGGAAGAAAACACAGUUUUAUAUGGUCUCUGCAUCCUGGCUGUGGGUCUCAUGUUGCGGCUCCUGGCAAGCUGUUUUGCAACCAUGGGAGGAACUCUAAACCCAAGAGAAAUUCUAUUUGUGGCCAUUGCCUGGUUCCCAAAAGCAACUGUUCAGGCUGCCCUUGGUCCUGUGGCACUGGAUUUGGCACGUACGGAGGACCCACAGGACACGAGAAAAUUAGAACUGGCAUCACAAGUUCUGACAAUAGCAGUGCUCUCUAUCUUGGUUACUGCCCCACUUGGAGCGAUAGGUAUCUACAUAGCUGGGCCCCGCCUUCUGGGUAGAGUUGUGAAAGAGACACAGGGUGAUACUGCCAACAGUCAAGUAUGAUGAUGAUUGUGAGGUAACUCUAGAUAUAAAGUUCAUGUAUGAAACUGUCCACUGCCAUAAUGUACUUUAUUCAGACAGCAUUUUAGAAAGUGGAUCUGUGCUGGGCUGAAUAUGAUUUGAUGCCAUAAUACAGAUUCUUCUUUCUCAUGUGCUUGAAACUAAUGAAAUAACAGAAGUGUGGUAAGCCUCAGCACCUUGACACUGCAGCUUCAAAUGAGCUCACUGCAGCAGCUUCUGAUGCUGAUACAAGCAUGGACCAUUGGUAGACUGAUUACAAAACAACUGCCAGAACUUCCAUUAUUAAUUAGUGUGCAUAAUCAUAGUAGUCUGCACUUCUUAUGGGCAUAGUGUGUCAUAUUUAAUGCCUAAUCACAUCAAUUUUUUGUACUUAGAUCAUCUUACUCAUCUCUAUUUCAUUUUAAAAAUAAUGUUUUAAUAUUCAUAAGCAUGGAAUUGUCUUUAAGAGUAGUUGUGUGUACUUAAUUUUUAUUAUACUAAAAUAUGAAAAGAGUGCAACAGAAAUAUCUUACAAUUUCACCACCUUAUGUUAAUUUGACACACAUUUUACAUACAUUCAGGUCUGCAAGUAAGGGUUACUUGCCUGCCAGAUGAUAUAAAAUUUUUCUGUUCAGAAGCUAUUAUUAUUGACCUUCAGCUGCUAGUUUAAUUCUUAGCAAGAAUGAUAACAGUGAUAGUGAAUAGCCUGUGGCCUUGAAAAACAAGCAGUCGUGAUCUGAAUCCCAGCAAGAGGUAAAAAAAAAUCCUUCACAGCAUCCAGACUGGCUCUGGUGUCCAUCAAACAUCCUAUUGAGUGGGUACCAAGGAUUCUUUGUCAGGGUGUAAAGUGGGUGAAGCACGAUGCUGACCGCUCACCUCCAUCUAGUGCCAAGGUUAAGAAUGUGUGAAGUUAUACCUCCACUCCUCCAUACAUCCUUAUGGCAUGGUGCUUCACUAAGCACAGGGAAACUUCACUUUAUACAAUGUUACUGAAUUUUACACUAUUGAAACUUCCCCAAAAUGGUUGUUUCAUCCUUAUGAAAAACAGACACUCAUUUGACAUUAUAUAACCUAUGCUAUUGAUGAAGAGUCAAUGCAUAAACUAGGGGACAGGAAGAAAUUGUUCAUAGCAAGCACAUUAAGUUGACAUUCAUUUUCCCACAUUAACAAUUCAAACAUGAAAAUACAGUGUUAGGAUCUUAUUUUAAUGCAGUUGCAUUUAUCUACUAGUUAAAGAGCUAAUCAUUUAUUGACCCAGUUUAGCUUUGUUCAUCCAACAGUCUCCUCAAAGGUCUUCUUAAUUUCUUGAUCAAUCUCAUACAUUUCAUUUCAGAGGCUGAAAUUCUGGAUUUGUCUUGCGCUCACUGCCAAACUUUCACUCCCAUAUAAAAGUGCCAGUAAAACCAGGGCACUAUACAUUUUUAUCCUGUAUGUUCCGGAGUUCAGGUUGUGUUGAUGAGGCGUUCCUUUUAAUAGGUUACAAAUUUUAAAUUCGGUGCUUUUUGUCCUUCAUAUGACAGUAUCUUAAGUACUUCAAUAUGCUGACUUUUAAAAUGUUUUUAAAAUAUUUUGUUUUCUACUUAUGUGUUCCUGGCAUGCAACUACUUAUCUAAGAAGAAAGCAGUCUAUACACGGUGCCAUAUCCCAAAAGACUGCUUUCUUCAUAGUCACUGCCGUGAAAGACUCAAAUCUUACAUACUUAUCUAAGAUUUGAUAUGCCAUUCUUUGAGUUCAAUCUACUCCUGUAUUCAGAUGGUUGGCUGUAAUUUGCCCGGCAGUUACAUUCACUUCUGAUUUACACUUUAUCCAGCAGCAAUCCAAAAUUUGGAUUCAGGGCUUGGAAACGUUUUUCUCCUAAUCUAAAACCUUGAGCUAGAAUGGCUGUCAGUAAAAUGACUCUGGAGGUCAGAUGGCUGAGGUUCAAUUCCUAGCAAGGACUUCUUUUUGCCAUUAUGUUAAGAAUGGCUCUCAGACCCACCAAAGUUCUUAUACAGUGAGUACUGAGAAGUAAAUCAGCCUAGUGUACAGCUGACCACAAUUCUGCAUACAGUGCCUAGGCUUACAAUGUGGGAAGCUUUAUCACCAUGUUCCCUAUACAUUGAGACCAACUGUUCAGCUGCCAUGUUGAAGGUCAGCCUUUUAAUUGAACCCAGGACCCUCAUAUUGAUGUCACCCUGUGUGUGAGUUGUUGUAGUGCUCAUAGCUGUUUGUUACUUUCAUGUCUUGCCAUUUGUGAGAAGCUUGGUUCAUCAAAAUGGUUAACAGAAAUCAUUAAGAGCUGCAACAUGUUUAAUGCAGGACUGGGUACUGGCAGGUUAACCAUAUGGUAACUAGGACAUUGAGAGCUGAAAAAAUUUCUCAGGUGUCCCAUGUCUUUUGGAAUGAUCAACUGUUUAUGUGGCUGGAAGAAUCUGGCAGAGGGGGGUUCAGUGGUAUAGCUUAAUUUGGGAGAACACCAAGACACAGUAACAACACAGGAUGGACUUGUGUAAUGACACAUUACUGCCUGCAGCUCAAUAAUUCACAUGUACAUUAAAGUUAGAAACAUAUUCAUUCAUAUUUAAGGUGAACAUUUAAUUGCAUUUUCUUAGUUUCUGAUGCCAUGUAAUAAUAAAAUUCCCUCUAGUCAAUGCUUUGCCAUCAUUGUAUUAUUGCUCUAACUUCAGUACAUGACAUUUUAAGUUUAUGAAUUAGUGUACCUCUCUCUGAAACAAAUAAUUCAAUGUUAACACCACUGACUGACAUCUGCCUUGACUGCUAUCACCUUUGUUUGCAACAAAUACAUUAUCUUAGGUGAGGUAACAUACAUUUCCAUUGAGUAGGACCAUAACUACUUCUAACAUACAGGUUAAUACUAACUCAACAGCUUGAUGAGAAAACACUGCCUCCAUAUCCUGGUUCAGCUUCUACACUCCUAUGAUACACACACCACACACUUCCGAAAUUAACCCCAGGCUCCAGAAUUCACCAGUAAGACAUCACAGUACAGUGACAUUAUGCAGGCAACAGUCAACUAUUUCUUUUGAAAACUGAAUGACCCAUUAAGUCAUGAACAGUCAAACCCCAAAAACCUUUCAACAGUGCUAUGAUACCUCACCUUGCGAUUCCAUUUUGUAAGCAUUAUACCAGGUUUAGACAAAUGAAUACAUGUACUAUCAUACAUUACACUUCUGACCUAAUGAUUAACCAGAGCUGUGGAUGGGCUGGUACAACAAACUCAUGACACAGUACUUCGAAUUACUGGGUUUUUGGACUUUGUCCAUCAUGUGGUAUUCUAAAAACACUAGUACUUUGGAAACUGAUCUGCUUCUGUCUUCAGGUGAAGAGGGAGACACCUACUUUGUUCAUUCCUUUAGCAAGAACUAACAUCAGUCACUGGACCAAUGCAGUAAUUGAGGUUCACUCUUUCUAACAGACCCAACAGUGUGGGUGUCUUCCCCCUCAUAUGAGGAUUGAAACAGAUCUAGUUUCCAAAAUGCUGUGUUCUCCAGUGUUUUUAGAAUACCAGAUGAUGGAUGAAUAAAAAAAAAAAAGUAAUUCUGACCAUUGUACACCAUCGUUAGAAGCCUCCAGAAUCUACCUGUGGCAAAGUGCCUGGACAGAGGGACAACCUUAAACUUUAUAGGAUCUUAGGACCAGACAAUGCAUCAUGGGCACCAGAAAAUGUCUGUACUGUGAAAGAACAAAUAGAAACCAAUGGAGACCAGGACUCCAGUGUUGAAACUCUUCAUCCUGGAUUUACAGUUUGAUUCCCUGAGCACAGUACGUAUUGUCAUUUCAGUGGUCUAGUUGUGGAUGUUGGAUGAAUGAACCAUAAAUCUGCAAAUUUUACCACUGGAUUGACAAUAUCAUCAAGAAAUUUCCAAAUUCCUGCAAGCCAUAAUCAGCACAGUAGAAUCUUCAUAUUUGCUUUCACGUUUCUUAUGAUUCGUUUUAAUUGUUAUUACGAAUGAAGUACAGACCUGAAUAUCUAUUUUUAACAAUGUAAAAAUCAUACAAGGUUUUUAAAUGGAAGGUUUACAGUUUCCUACAUAUGGUACUUGUCUCUGUUUUUUAAUAGUAUGUAACUUUGAAGUAUCAGUUUUCAAGGUGAUGAGUGUUCUGUUAUGUUCAUAACAUUGAAUGCAGAUUAGCUACAAAGCUGGUGAAAGCCUAGACACUCUUUUCAUGGGCUUCCACAGCAUCUUGAGAUUAAUUCGAUAAUAAGCUUCCAAAAUUUAACUCACUGUUAUUUUCCCAUUUGAUUUGAUCCAAUAUAACAUUUACACCUAAAAGAGUAUCAUAUAAAUUAUAAUUUGAGAAUCAUUUACGCUGGUUAACAAACUGAAAAAUCAAAUCUAAACUUCAAAUUAAU